AUGGAUUCCAAAUUAUUGGCUUUCCAAAAUAGCGAUGCUCACCAACUCUAUAAUUUAACUGCUCAUCUGUUCAAAGACGGUGUUUUCAAUUGCUAUCUGACCUCACAACAAUUUAAUUUGCUUGAUUUGAUCUUACACAGGUUCAAAGAUGCCCAAGCUCGAAAACACUUAUGGGAGUCGUUCAUAAAUAGCAACCUUUAUCUUAAAUUCAUCAAUUCACAGGAAACAGAGGAAAGGGACCAACAUGUGGAUGGGACAGAUGAGCUCUAUUUGAAAGAGGGUACAAAGUCGACCAAGAAUCUGUGUGCAAUUAUCCGUUACCUUUUGUACGAAAAAGCUGUUGAUUACUACUACAGCGGGGAAAGCUCAAAGACAUCGAAAUUUGGAUUUUUUGAGAUCCUGCGAGAAGACAGUGACGAGGAUGAAGAGUUUGAAGAUGCGAAAGAGAAACCUUUUUCACCCAAACACACACGCUCGGUCGUGACACGCGAUGAAGCAAAUGAUUACGACGACGACGACGACGACGACGAUGAAGAAGAGAAAGGCGAGGAAGAAAACGAAGACUCAAAGUGCGACCAAUCAAGCAAAGACUCCAUGUCCCUAGCUACUAAGUUAAAUCAGAUCCAUCAUGGUACUCGUUCGGACUCACAUACUGGCUUGAAUAUUACGGAUGAUUCUGCGACACAACAAAAAACCAGUCCAGUUUUAAACGAGAGUGAUAACGUGGAUAAAUAUUGCGAUGUUCCAAAAGAGGGUGAGCUAGAGGAGAAUAGCUCAGGACAAUUGGUCUUUACUAUAAACAUACAGUUGCUGAUCAGAAAACCCGAAUUUCCAUCCACAAUGGAAUCAGUUUCUUCGACCGAAGAAGCGAUCGGCACGAUGGUCCAUCCUAUAUUAGGAACUGCAUCCGCUAUUGAGUCCAAUUUUGAGCGCCAAAAUGAGCUUAAACUCAUCAAGAAUUUCAACAAGAUCUAUCACACUUUUGAGAACGAUCAACCAAACAUGGUCAAGAGAAGAAAGCUAGAACGAAGUGACAAGCAACUCGAACUGACGGACUCAAAAGAUCAAGGGAAUGGCGCUGACGAGAAUGAGCAUAGUGAUUCUCAUCAAAGCGUUAACAAGUUGAUGGGACUUGGCGGAGCAGCAAACCUUUCUUUGAAAAACCUCCUGGGAAGAAUUGAAGAGAAUCGAGAAAAGUUGGAUCUCAGUGACCUGGAGCUCAAGAAUCUGAUCAUGGACGUUCGAAAAAACAGGUCAAAAUGGGCCAGCUAUAACAGAAUUGGCCAAGAAGAGCUUUAUGAAGCUUGUGAGAAGGUAGUCUUAGAGCUCAGGAGCUACACAGAGCAUUCGAUUGCAUUUUUGAAUCGUGUUUCUAAAAGGGAAGCACCAAAUUACUAUCAGAUAAUUAAAAAGCCAAUGGAUUUGAACACCGUGAUGAAGAAGCUCAAGAACUUCCAAUACAAUAGUAAAACGGAAUUUGUUGAUGAUUUAAUGCUCAUAUGGAAGAAUUGUUUAACUUACAACUCCGAUCCAAAUCAUUUCCUCAGAGUGGAUGCAAUAGCAAUGCAAAAAAAGACCUUAGCACUUAUUCCUCUCAUUCCGGAUAUCGUCGUGAAAGAUAGGGCAGAAGUUGAACGAGAAACAGCGGCCAUUCAGCCCAAUGACGUUGAAGAUCUCACGGGAUCAAUAUCAACAAGGGGAGUUGGAAGUUCGAGCAGCGCCAAAAAAUCCAAGAAGGGGCGUAAGGGUGUCCAUGAAGACCAGGAAGUCACUGAAGUGACUGAACAGUCGGACUCAAACACUAGAGAUGGAGAUAAGAGUAAGAUAGAUCUUCCGACUAUCUCGACUGAGCAUCGGAUCAAAGUUGAAGAUGAAUCUCAAAUACAGGACUCCACAGAAUUAUCUGUUGCACCAUCUAAUAUUUCAACGCCAACGGUGUCUGGCUCUCGCGAAGAAAAUACCAAUGAAAGAGAGGGAACAUCAAACCCUGACUAUGAGGACCAGGAUGAUGAUGCCACAACCGCCAUGGAUGAAUCGCAAGCUCAAGACCAACAACGGGAGAGAAAUAACGACGAAGACAAUGAAGACUUGGAAAUGGCCACUUGGAAAACACUGACAUCGAAUACCAGAUACAAGCUAUGUUUGCAAAGAUCCAGUCUGUUCCGAGGAAAUAAGAUCCAGCCAAACGAGGAGGCUUUGCUAAGAGAUGCAACACAAAUGUCCAAUUUCUGCAGUUAUCUUGAUGAUGAAUCGAGCGUGGUGUUGCACAGAAAUCGUCAAUAUUUCGAUGAAAAUGAUGAUCCUUAUUUGAUUGAAUAUGAUAUUGAGGGAGGCUUGCCUUCAAUCCAAUAUCCAGGUAUCAAUUACGAGUCUAUCGAGAACAAUUUACUAUCAGAAAUGAUAGAUGAAGGUAAAUCUUUGGAGGAGUUACCAGAGUCAGAGUUUACUGCAAAGAAAAAAGGAAGUAAUUCAAUACUCUAUGACAACAUAGCACUCAUGCAAGAUGUCAGAAGGGUCUGUUUCAAGAUCAAUAUUAUACGUCAAAUGCAGACGUCUCAAUUUUUGCAUCAAUCCCAAUUCCAAGCGCCCGAAAUUGAACGUCUGAAACCUGAAGAUAUUGACGGAUUAUCGAAGCUCAAAACCAGGGAUCCAUAUUCUCAACAGAUUGCUUACUCCGUUCUAGAAAAGUCGGUUGGCGUGAUUUUGAUGGCCAACGGAUUUGAGUCGACAAGCCCCUUUUGUAUUACCACAAUGACACAAAUUGCGGAACAAUAUUUUGGAAAUCUUGUCAAAUCUCUCAAGCUGAACAUGGAGUCUAAUUCAAUAAACAAGCUUCCCGCUAAAAAGCAGAGACUUUUGGGCCUCAAAGAUAUCCUUUUAAUGUCUCUACAGGAAAAUGGAAUCGAGAAACCUGACACACUUUACUCGUUUUAUAAAGAGCAUUUAACAAAACAGAACAAAAAGCUCCGCGAUUUGAAAUACAGAUUAGAGAGCUUUCUUCGUGAUCUUCUCAGACCAGGAAUUCAGGAGCUAAGUGAAAACCAAUUCACUGAUGAUUCAGAACAAUUCAUGAAUGGUGAUUUUUCAAACGAAAUUGGUGAAGAUUUCUUUGGCUUCAAAGAGUUAGGCUUAGACAAAGAAUUCAAUUUGCUCACAUCGACUAUUCCUUUGCAUCUACUUCAUUCUAAAUUAUCAAGUCAACUCAAUAAUCUGGAUGCCAAGUCCAAGAAAGCCAAAUAUGAAGAUUUCCAAGAAAUUCAAUUUCCUAAACUUCGAAAGCGUGAUCUCACUUCACAGAUUGGUCUAUUGAAACCCUUUUAUGAUGAUCUUUUGGCAAAAUCUAAGACCACGUAUCUGAAACAGUUGAAGAAAUACAAACAAACAAACGAGGCCUCUGAUGCAGAGAAAAAAUCACUCACAGAAGAAACCAAUAAUAAUACAUCUGAUGUGAAAGCGGAAAAUCACCCCCAACCUGAUUCCGUUUCUGCAUUCGUUGAAAUUGAGGAUCCAGAAGAUCUGAUCAUUUUGGAGGACAGCGACCUUCCUCAAAAACAACGCAACCAUAGGCCAAAAAUACCACCGAACGGUAAAAUAGCACAAGUCAAACGAAAACUCAUUGCAACCUCGUUUUUCAUAGACGACCAAGACGCAAGAGAAAAAAAUGUCAGUAUGACUAUCAACGAUGCUGAGCCGAACAACGCUAUUCCCGAAGAUUCUUUCGGCGAAAGGUCUAAACUUCUGAAAGAUGCAGAAAAGUCAGAACAAUCUUCGUCAAUUUCUGGUCUUGGUUCUCAAUAG